ACCUCCAUACAAGGACUCCUAGUCCUCUUGCUGCUGAUUUUUUAUAGUGGAUUGGCCUGGGAUGUUGCCUACCCGGCACUUUUUUUUAUUGAAAAGAGAAUCUCAUUGAUUGAUACAUUUAUUACUGAUUGAUUGGUUGGAAUAAAGUGUGGAGCCCAUUAUAGAUGACAUGACAGGUGGUCGUUAUCACUGGAAUGAAAGCUCCUUGGGAAUCACACAGGUAGAGAGAUGCCUUUCAUCUUGUAGAUUUCGGCCGGCAGAAAUCUUUAUUGGAGCUCGAACAGCCUUAUUUUUCUCUCCUUCGCUCUCCCUGUGCGCCCUCCCGCUCUAGAGCAAGCCUACUGUAUUUCUGCUGCAGAGUGGGGCGUGUGACGUCAACGAAUGCUGGAGCGGUUCCUUGGCUCGAGCGAGAAAUGGGGAGAAAAUUGCGAGGGCCAAAGGUCAUGGUGAGGCAGAAGUAACGGUGACGAGGAACAAAUCAACAACCUAAGAAGAUUGUGAAUCUGCGGGUUUUUGUGUGUGUCAGACUUCCAGUAUGUGUGAUGGCGUGAAUGGCCUUUGGUCUAAUUCUCGCCUCCCUCAGACAUCCUUGUCACCCUCAUCUAACUCUCACCACCACCAUUUCUGUACCAUGAGAGGAUCCGCCCAGUACUCGGUGAGUAGUAAGCCCGCGGCGUGUCGGCGCCGCUGUGGCGCGUGAGGGCCCCCCCGCUGGCCUUUCGCGGAAUGGCUUCUUUGGACCUGCCCUACCGCUGUCCUCGUUGCGGGGAGCACAAACGCUUCCGGUCGCUGUCCUCCCUCCGCGCCCACCUGGAGUACAGCCAUACCUACGAGACGCUCUACGUGCUCUCCAAGUCCAACAGCGUGUGUGACGCCGCUACACUACUCCCCCUGGUGGCCGACGGAGACCUUCUCCUCGCUCCUUCUGUCCCCGGCGGCAACCGCAGCAACAACAACGACCCCUUUGACGGACUUCAACUCCGCUCUUCCGCCUUCAGGGACUUCAAGGAGCGUCGCUUCCCGUGCCGCGAGCUUCCCUGUCCGGACGACCUCAGCGGUUUGUCCACGACGUCCAACGCCGCGGCUCGCUACAUCCCCAAUGUAGAGUUCCCCCUGGGGGAGAUCUUUGUGAAGAAAGCCAUGAGUGCAGCCGGUGACCAUCACGGUUCCCACAGCAACCAAAGCACGGCCGUGGCGGUGGCGGCGAAUGUGGCGGCGAGCGCGGUGGAGGCGGCCUAUGAGGAGGGUCUGGCCAGGCUGAAGGCAAGGGCCUUUGAGCGUCUGGAGCUGGACGAGAGGCUGGAGAAACUCUCAGAGGAGGUGGAGCAGAAGAUAGCUGCACGCGUGGGCCGGCUGCAGACGGAGCUGGAGAGGAAGAGCGGCGAGCUGGAGCGGGCCAAGCAUGAGAGCGAGCGGCUGGGCCAGGAGAAACAGGACCUGGAGGACAAGGCGUCGGAGCUCUCCCGCCAGGUGGACGUUUCGGUGGAGAUGCUGGCCAACCUCAAGCAGGACCUGGUCAGCAAGGAGGAGGAGCUCACCCACAAACAACAGGAGGUAACCCAGAUAGACCAGUUCCUCCAGGAGACGGCGGUGCGGGAGGCCAACGCCAAGGUGCGCCUGCAGCAGUUCAUCGAGGAGCUCCUGGACCGUGCCGACCGUGCCGAGAAACAGCUGCAGAUCAUCAGCAGCUGCGGGACCACGCCCAACGGCAGCAUGGGACGCUGCAGCCUGCCCGGCUCCAACAAGGCCUCCAACAAUGGACGCCAGAGGAACUCCAGCAUCUCGGGGACGUCUAGGGGCAUGUACCAAGUGUCUGACCGACGAUCCUCUCCCAGCACCGGAGUGUCGGGCCGGGUCAAGUCCUGCUCCCAGGGCUCGGGCGGGGGCUACGACAGCGGCGACAGCGUGGAGAUGCACGCCAUGGAAGAGUGCCCCGAGGGCCAGUACUACCACGUCCAGUGUCGGCUGGGGGAAGGGGGCGGACAGUGCUACGAGAGGGCCGGGGUGUCCCGGAGCUGGGGGCUCCGCAAGCAGGCCAUCCAGAACUGGCAGCGGCGACCCUACCGGAACAGCACGGAGGGGGAGGAGGGGGACGUGUCGGACGUGGGCUCCAGGACUACCGAGUCGGAGGCGGAGAUGUGGGAGCAGCAGGAGAGGAGGGCCACCAUGGCUGAGACGCAGCAGUCUGGAGCACCGAGACAAUCUGGGUACCGCCUAGCCACAGGCCGGUCCGAGGGGGGCUAUCGUCACAACAAGCCGUGUCGCCACGACAAGAGCCCGUCCCGGUCCAACAGCGAGGUGAUCAGCCCGGAGAUACUGAAAAUGAGGGCGGCUCUGUUCUGUAUCUUUACCUACCUGGAUACCAAGACCCUGUUGAGGGCCGCGGAGGUCUGCAGGGACUGGAGGUUUGUGGCCCGCCACCCUGCCGUGUGGACCCGGGUGCUGCUGGAGAACGCCCGCAUCUCCUCCAAGUUCCUGAGUACACUGUCCCAGUGGUGCACCCAGACCCAUUCCCUCAUCCUCCAGAACCUCAAACCACGACAGAGGGGCAAGAAGGAGAUCAAGGAGGAGUACCUCAAGAGCACACGGGGUUGUCUGGAGGAGGGUCUGGAGUCCUUGCUGAAGGCUACAGGAGGGAACCUGUUGAUCCUCAAGGUGUCUCAUUGUCCCAACCUGCUAACUGACCGCUCCCUGUGGCUCGCCAGCUGCUACUGCCGAGCCCUGCAGGCCGUCACUUACAGGAGUGCCACAGACCCUGUAGGACAGGAGGUGAUCUGGGCUCUCGGAGCAGGCUGUAGAGACAUAAUCUCUCUCCAGGUGGCACCACUACAUCCAUGCCAACAACCGGCUCGCUUCAGCAACCGAUGUCUGCAGACCAUUGGCCGAUGCUGGCCACACCUCAGAGCCCUGGGCGUGGGCGGGGCAGGGUGCGGCCUUCAGGGACUAGCCUCGUUGGCGAGGAACUGCAUGCGUCUGCAGGUGUUGGAGCUGGACCAUGUGAGUGAGGUCAACCAGGAAGUGGCAGCUGAGGUGUGCAGGGAGGGUCUGAAGGGCCUGGAGAUGCUGGUCCUCACCUCCACCCCGGUCACCCCUAAGGCCCUGCUUCACUUCAACAGUGUGUGUCGUAACCUGAAGUCCAUCGUGGUGCAGAUCGGUGUCGAGGACUACUUUGAGGACCCCAACAGCCCCGAGGCUAGGAAGCUCUUUGACGAGAUGGUGAACAAGCUGCAGGGCUUGAAGAAGAGACCGGGCUUCUCCAAAAUUCUGCACGUGAAGGCGGACAUCCUCUGCUAACCCCAUCCACCACCCAGGACCCCCAAAGAAGAAGGGUCGGCCAUAUUGUUUCCAGCCACACCAACAGAACAGACCUAGUCAUUUGUAACCCCUUGACGCGACGCAAAGACGAAACAGCCUGAAGUACCAGUCAGCCAACACACACACGUAACUGAAGAGGACAUUCAGCAACAUGCUUCUUUAUUGUUAAAAAUAAAACCAAUGUGUUUUCGGCCCUUAGCCUUGACUAAAAGACAGACACAGACACCACAGACAGAUAGACGCUCCAUAGACCACUACAAUGCCAAUUGGAGAGAUGCAAUGCAGUACAGAACAGAGGAUAGACAAGACAAGAGGCCUGGAAAAGUCAGGUCAACACAUUACCCUGGAGCAUACAAACCCAGUGGAGAUUCUCAUAAAGGGACCAAACCCUCCUUUACCAUAGAUGUACUAGAGAGCUCAUCUAUCUUUUCAAUGGCUGCUUUUUUUGACCAAAUGGGCAGCACCAUUGAGGGCUAUCUCUAUUUUUUAAAGUAGUACAUUUUGUGUGUCCGCUAUCCAACUCUAUGGUGGGGUAAUGUGUCGUAAAGACAUCAUCAGUCAGGUAACAAGACCAGGGGCCCCUAAGUCUCCGCGAAAACUAACAGGGACCAUGUUUGUGACUUGCUGACCUUCCAAACAGAUUUGAACCAAACUCUAUUGGACUAUGUAGAUGCCGUAAUCUCGGCGGGCAUUUUGAUUUCAACUGAGAAAAGAGCUGUAAACUGGGGGAUGCAUGUCAUGAAGGAGCAGGCUCUCGGUCUCUAUUCACGAAAGCAUUUGCAGAGAAUGUGUCUGGGAUGCUUUUUUUUAUCAAGAUGCUCAACAGCACAUAUUCUGUGGAAAUGCACAUGAGCAGUAAAGCAGAUGUAGGGAUGGACGGUGUGUGAUUUUUGACCCUGUCCUGAGCCAGAGGAGUAAGUUAAAAUAGACCCUCAACUCCCAACGUGUGUGUGUGUGUGUGUGUGUGUGUGUGUGUGUGUGUGUGUGUGUGUGUGUGUGUGUGUGUGUGUGUGUGUGUGUGUGUGUGUGUGUGUGUGUGUGUGUGUGUGUGUGUGUGUGUGUGUGUGUGUGUGUGACAUACCAGCUUCAGACUUGGUCAAACAUAAAACGAGAAGAUAUCUUGUCACCUUUUAGACUUUUUCUUAUUCCAAGGUCUCAGCCACUCCAUGGUGUGGUCGCCAUGGGAACAGUGCAGUUCCCAUCUUCAGCAAGAUCAUCAGCGGAGCACAGUCUCUCCCGCACACCCUUGGAUUUUCAGCUGUCAAUUACUUUUGUCUGUGGAACUCUUACAGUAUCUGUAGGCCGGCUGGUCCAUAAGGCAGCUACUGUUUACUUUGUUUUUAAACAGGGUUGCAAAUGGAUUCCUUUUGCCUUUUAUUUCAGAAUUGAUGACGUUCAUAGCUGUGUGUGUUCUAUCUUCAUUUCGUAAAGUGUUUUCUCCGAUGUGCCACUAAUCUAUAGGAGCGUUGUAAGGCAGUUGCUCAACCUAUUCAAAUAACUAGCCACUAGCUCUGUAAGCUACAGUGAAUUACAUGAGCUACAUCCCAAGUGCACCCUAUUCCCUAUGUACAGUAGUGUAAUACUUUUAACCAGGGCUCAUAAGGCUCCAGAGCUUGGGGGCCUGAUUUGGUGUCACACUUUUGCCCCAGUCCAAGCUAACACGCCUGACUCCAAUAACCAACUAAUCAUGAUCUUCAGUUUAGAAUGCAGUUAGUUUAAAUCGACUGUGGGGAAAAGUGUGACACCAAUCAUGCCUCCGAGGCCUGGAAUUGCCCAGGCCUGGAAUGGGGUGACAUUUGAGAUGCAGUCUUGAUCUCAAUUGCCUCAAAAUCCUCUUCUUGUUUCUUCAUCUGCACCGAUUGCCUUGUCAAGUGAAAACAAAAUGGCGGAAGCUCAUCAUUAGGCUGUCUUUCGCCUGACCAGUUAUUUUCGCUCAGUGCAAUGACGGGAGAAGAGGACAGAGUUGUUAGGCAAUUGAGUAAGAUAGCCUGUGUGUAUCCACUCGCAGUAGUGUACCAUUUAUUUCUUCAGGCACUCAUGCAAGUCGUCGAGCUCAGGCAACAAUGCACCCCGACCCAAAACAUGCAUCCACCCCAGGGAGGGGGAUCUCAAGUCUAAUGUGUACUCCUUCUGACAGAAGACAACAGUUGGAAACUGAUCCUCUGGUAGGCGUUUGACGUAUCCUUUGUUCGUACGUCAUUGUAGAUCAAGGAAAGGAAAUGAGAGAAAGCUAUUUUAGACUAUUGAGAUGCAGCCAGAGAGGAAAGGCUGCAGGGUAAUCCUUUGCUUCCCCGCUAGUUUUUUUUUUUAAAUGGAGAGAUGUUUAGUCAAGUUGAGCACCGAGUUCUGUUCUAAGUUAUGUGCUGCUUUGUUUUAGUAGUGCUAGCCUGACAUGAACACACACACACACACACACACUGCAGUUGUGGUUUCUCAUCUCCAUGUUCUCUUCCAAUACUGAAUAUUGGCUGUGAAAAGACUUGCCCCUCUGAUUGAAAAGGUGUUUUUAAAGUCGCUGUCACAAUAGAGAAAACACAAUGCACUUGUUUAUUUGGGUAUGUGGCCCAAAUGGCGCACUUUUCUCUGUAUAGUGAACUACUGUACUUUAGACCAGGGCCCAUAGGGCUCUGGUCAAAAGUGGUGCACUAUAUAGGGAGUAGGGUGCCAUUCGGGAUGCAACUUUAGGGGGUUUUCAGUUCCUGACAAUCUUGUCUUCUUUAAGACAUUAAACACUGUACAUAAUGUUGUUUAUAAUAUAAAAAGAUGACUGCAUUUGGUGUUAUAAAAUUAAGGUCAUAAGUAUAAGGAUCUUCAUGAUGAAAAAAAUGAUAAUGAUUAAGAGUCUACUACAUGUGUCGAUUCUGAAACAUUUUCUCUCCAAAGUCGAAAGGAAAGAUGCAGCUAUAUUAUGUAUAAACGGUAGUGUUGAAAUUUGCAGUUGUGUACUAUAGGUACUUUAUAUUCAAUGUUCAUGAUCAAUGUGCUAUAGAGAUGGACAUUAUUUAAGAGAGAGGAUAAAGAUUAUUUGAGCUAUUUAUUUCUAUAAAAAGAGAGGACUAUAAUGUUGGCAUGUUUGUGUUCAUGCAUCAAUCAUCACGUUGCCUUUGACAUAUUCUGCUGUAGUGGCUGUAGUUAUAAAUUAAUGUUUAAAAAGAUUUUAAGAUUGCUUGCAAAGGUUUAUGCUGUAUUUUAUUUUAAAUACGUCUGUUGCACUAGUGGGAAAAAAUAAGAAUACUGAUAUUUAAUAUUAGUGCUGUUUUUUAAUGUUUAAAACACUCUCAGUAUUUGACAUAUUAUGAUGCACUUUUUUCUAGAGCGCUUUUAGAGGUCCAUGGUGGUUCUUUAGGAUUAAGAAAUCACACUUUUCAGUCAGUCAACAUUGUCAUGCUGUUUCCAUGGUUUCCUCUGUCGUGUGAGCGAUCGGUUGGUUGCUCUCCUACAUAGUCAUGUGAUGAAGAUUGGUUUAAACUGAAUGGUGGCCAAUGAGGGGCAAGAAGGUAGAUUACUUCAUGACCAGUAGCCAAUGGCAAUGGAGAGUUUAACAUGCCACGCAAUGCAGACCUUAUUUUAUUGCCUAUAUCUGUCAUGCCUCUCUGUCAUUGGCUGUUGAAGUUUAUGGUUGAACCAUGGCCAACCUGGUUCAACUGCAUUUCAAGUGCUUUUGAGGUUCAUUUUACACCAACAUGACCUUAUGCUCACAAUCAUGAUCAUUACCAGGUAAUGGCGAUUAUACAGUGCCUUGCAAAAGUAUUCACCCCCUUAGCGUUUUUCCUAUUUUGUUGCAUUACAACCUGUAAUUUAAAUGAAUUUUUGGAUUUCAUGUAAUGAACAUACACAAAAUAGUCCAAAUUGGUGAAGUGAAAUGAAAAAAAUUACUUGUUUCAAAAAACAAAGAAAAAUGAAAAGUGGUGCGUGCAUAUGUAUUCACCCCCUUUGCUAUGAAGCCCCUAAAUAAGAUCUGGUGCAACCAAUUACCUUUCAGAAGUCACAUAAUUAAUUAAAGUCCACCUGUGUGCAAUCUAAGUGUCACAUGAUCUCAGACCUGUUCUGAAAGGCCCAGAGUCUGUAACACCAUCAAGCAAGUGGCACCAAGAAGACCAAGGAGCUCUCCAAACAGGUCAGGGACAAAGUUGUGGAGAAGUACAGAUCAGGGUUGGGUUAUAAAAAAAUAUUAAACUUUGAACAUCCCACAGAGCACAAUUUAAAUACAUGAUAAAAAAAAUUGAAAGAAUAUGGCACCACAACAAACCUGCCAAGAGAGGGCUUCCCACCAAAACUCACAGACCAGGCAAGGAGGGCAUUACUCAGAGAGGCAACAAAGAUACCAAAGAUAACCCUGAAGGAGCUGCAAAGCUCCACAGCGGAGAUUGGAGUAUCUGUCCAUAGUAUCUGAUCACUUUAAGCCGUACACUCCACAGAACUGGGCUUUACGGGAGAGUUUCCAAAAAAAGUCAUUGCUUAAAGAAACAAAUAAGCAUUGCUUAAAGAAAAAAGUAAGCGAACACGUUUAGUGUUUGCCAAAAGGCAUGUGGGAGACUCCCCAAACAUAUGGAAGAAGGUACUCUGGUCAGAUGAAACUAAAAUGUAGCUUUUUGGCCAUCAAGGAAAACACUGUUUGGCACAAACCCAACACCUCUCAUCACCCCGAUAACACCAUCCCCAUAGUGAAGCAUGGUGAUGGCAGCAUCAUGCUGUGGUGAUGUUUUUCAUCGGCAGGGACUGGGAAACUGGUCAGAAUUGAAGGAAUGAUGGAUAUCGCUAAAUACGGGGAAAUUCUUGAGGGAAACCUGUUUCAGUCUUCCAGAGAUUUGAGACUGGGACGGAGGUUCACCUUCCAUCAGGACAAUGACCCUAAGCAUACUGCUAAAGCAACACUCGAGUGGUUUAAGGGGAAACAUUUAAAUGUCUUGGAAUGGCCUAGUCAAAGCCCAGACAUCAAUCCAAUUGAGAAUCUGUGAUUUGACUUAAAGAUUGUUGUACACCUGCGGAACCCAUCCAACUUAAAGGAGCAGGAGCAGUUUUCAAAAAUCCCAGUGGCUAGAUGUGCCAAGCUUAUAGAGACAUACCCCAAGAGACUUGCAGCUAUAAUUGCUGCAAAAGGUGGCUUUACAAAGUAUUGACUUUGGGGGGUGAAUAGUUAUGCACGCUCAAGUUUUCUAUUUUUUUGUCUUAUUUCUUGUUUGUUUCACAAUAAAAAAAAAGAUGUUGCUUCUUCAAAGUGGUAGGCAUGUUGUGUAAAUCAAAUGAUACAACCCCCCCCAAAAAAUCUAUUUUAAUUCCAGGCUGUAAGGCAACAAAAUAGGAAAAAUGCCAAGGUGGGUGAAUACUUUCACAAGGCACUGUAACUAAGUUUGUGGACUCUGUGUUUGUGUUGGUUUGCUUUAAAGCUUCUUAACCAGAUUUAUUGUGUGACAGAAGUCCUGCUGAAAUUGUUUUAGAACAUGUCCUGAAAACAGAAUCGAAUAAGAGAAUGAGAUUAAGAGUUGAAGAGGAGUCAUUCUGACGAAAACAUACUGUAUGUCAGGGUUCCCCAACUGGCAGCCCCGGGCAGUGAUUUUAUUUGCAUUUUAUUUUAUUUCUUUUUGACUAUUUUAUAAACUUUUUGACAAUUAUUUUUAUGUGGUUGGACAUAAUACUGUAAAAACAACAGCAAAUCAGCUCCAAUUGAUUUUCAUUUUGGAAAUCUGUUCCUAAGUAUUCCCACGCAUAAUAGAGAGAGAUAUGUGAUGGUAUAGAAAUGUAAGUAAGGUUUGAAAUUAUUGUUUUAGUCAAACAUACAGUACCAGUCAAAAGUUUGGACACAUACUCAUUCAAGGGUUUUUCUUUAUUUUCACUAUUUUCUACAUUGUAGAAUAAUAGUGAAGACAUCAAAACUAUGAAAUAACACAUAUGGAAUCAUGUGUUAAACAAAUCAAAAUAUAUCUUAGUUUCUUCAAAGUAGCCACCCUUUGCCUCGAUGACAGCUUUGCACACACUUGGCAUUCUCUCAACCAGCUUCACCUGGAAUGCUUUUCCAACAGUCUUGAAGGAGUUCCCACAUAUGCUGAGCACUUGUUGGCUGCUUUUCCUUCACUCUGCAGUCCAACUCUUCUCAAACCAUCUCAAUUGGGUUAAGGUCGGGUGAUUGUGGGUGCCAGGUCAUCUGAUGCAGCACUCUCCUUUAUGGUCAAAUAGUCCUUACACAGUUGUCCUGUUGAAAAACAAAUGAUAGUCCCACUAGAUGGGAUGGCGUAUCGCAGCAGAAUGCUGUGGUAGCCAUGCUGGUUUAGUGUGCCUUGAAUUCUAAAUACAUCACAGAUAGUGUCACCAGCGAAGCACCCCCACACCAUAACACCUCCUCCAUGCUUCACGGUGGGAAUCACACAUGCGGAGAUCAUUCGUUAACCUACUCCGCGUCUCACAAAGACACGGCGGUUGAAACCAAAAAUCUCAAAUUUAGACUCAUUAGACCAAAGGAUAGAUUUCCACCGGUCUAAUGUCUAUUUCUUGUGUUUCUGGGCCCAAGCAAGUCUCUUCUUAUUAUUUGUGUCCUUUUUAGUAGUGGUUACUUUGCAGCAAUUUAACACGAAGGCGUGAUUCACGCAGUCUCCUCUGAACAGUUGAUUUAUCUGGGCUGCAAUUUCUGAGGCUGGUAACUCUAAUGAACUCUGGGUCUUCCUUUCCUUUUGGCGGUCCUCAUGAGAGCCAGUUUCAUCAUAUCGCUUGAUGUUUUUUGCAUCUGCACUUGAAGACGCUUUCAACAUUGUUGAAACAUUCCAGAUUGACUGACCUUCAUGUCUUCAUACAGGAUCAGUGUUCUUGCCAUAAUAUGGUAUUUUACCAAAUAGGGCUAUCUUCUGUAUACCAACGCUACCUUGUCACAACACAACUGAUUGGCUCGAACGCAUUAAGAAGGAAAGAAAUUCCACAAAUUAACUUUUAACAAGGCACACCUGUUAAUUGAAAUCUAUUCCAUGUGACUACCUCAAGAAGCUGGUUGAGAGAAUGCCAAGAGUGUACAACGCUGUCAUCAAGGCAACGGGUGGCUACUUUGAAGAAUCUCAAAUAUAUUUUGAUUUGUUUAAAACUUUUUGGGUUACUACAUGAUUCCAUAAUUUGUCUUCACUAUUAUUCCACGAUGUAGAAAAUAGUAAAAACAAAGAAAAACUCUUAAAUGAGUAGGUGUGUCCAAACUUUUGACUGGUACUGUAUCUGCUGGGCUUCUUGCGGUAAAUUCUUAGUAUACAAAUGAAUUGUAAUUAUGUUCUGUCCCCCUGACCAUCCGCUCAAGAAAAGAAUCAUCCCACGGCUGUUUUUAGUUGAUGAUCCCUGCGGCAUGUUCUACUAGGACCUUAACCAUAGCUAAGAUUCAGUGUGUCUGUUGUUAAAGGGAUAAUUCCCCCAAAUUACACAAUUUUCCUUACCCUAUAAGCAGUCUAUUGACAAGGUAAGUCCAUGCGUUGGUUUUGUUUAUCUGGCCACUGCCAAAGACUGCUUAUAAGGUCAGGAAACCAAUAUAACAGUUUAUAAUUUGGUGAACUAUCCAUUUCAUGUUUUUAUGACUUGUUUUGGUAAGUUAGUCUUUCUGAAUAUCAAAUCAUUUUAUGAUUCCCAUGAUCAAGAUUCCUUGUCGCUAUUUUAUUUGAUUCAUUUAAUUGUAAUAAGUUGGUACCUGAUGCUUUCAUUAUUCGUUAUUCUCUAGAACCCUGGCUAUUGUUUUCUGUUGAUUCGAUUAAAAAAAUAUAUAUAAAUCUUAAUUUUUUUCUCUUUCAAAGCCCAAUUCUGAUUCAUGGAAUAAGGUUGUUUGGGGCGAUUUUAUAUUUUUGUCUGUAAAACAAACUAUUCUACUGUGUCAGGCAUUUGAAACCUUGAUUUUUCCUAAGACCAGCUUUGUGCCAAGAUUUUAUGCUCUAUCUACGGUAUGUCUCUUUCGUCCCAAAUGGCACCCUGUCCCCUAUAUAGUGCACUGCUUUUGACCAGAAUCCUAUGGGCCCUGAUCAAAAGUAGUGCGCUAUUCAGGGAAUAGGGUGCCAUUUUAGAAACACCUGUAUCAAUUCUUAUGUAAUUAAUUAGCCUGGAUCCAGAUCUGUUGGUACAUCUUGCCAAUCCCUAUGGUCAUUGACAUGGCAAGAUGGCAGAUCCAGGACCCAGGCUGGCUUCUUUUUACCUCUUCUGCACAUAUUCACUGUAUGGAUGAUUGCAUUCUCUGCUCAUUUGUCUGAGUUGUUUUCGAACUCAUUACCUCAACACUUAUCUGGGCAACUAAGUGUGCACAUUCUUUAAUGAUUAUUUUGGACAGUCAUUGAUAUUCUGCUCAUUUUAAUGUACUGUAUCGAAUAUAGGCAUGUCAUGUUGGUAUGACCAAGUUUAUUCAAAACCCAAACAGUCAUUCCCACACCAAUGUUAUGCCGUCCAUCAUCCUAAGACCAUUGCAAUAACUGAAAAGGUGUUAUUUUCCCGUUCAUAGUCAAAAUCAUCAAGUUCUUUUCAUCAAUAAAAUGGCUUAAAUACA